AUGGCAACUGAGUCCUCUGUGAUUGCCUGGGGAUCAGGUGAGGAUGGACAACUAGGGAUAGGAAACAACGAAGACAAAGAAUGGGUUUGCGUUGUCAAAGCUCUUGAACCUUACAAAGUUCGCUCUGUUGUUGCUGGAAGCCGCAACUCUCUUGCCAUUUGUGGUGAUGGCAAGUUGUUUACUUGGGGUUGGAACCAAAGAGGGACACUAGGACAUCCACCGGAGACCAAGACUGAGAACAUUCCUAGCCAGGUCAAGGUUCUUGAUAAUGUCAACAUUGUUCAGGCGGCUAUUGGUGGCUGGCAUUGUUUGGCUGUUGAUGAUCAAGGACAUGCUUAUUCUUGGGGUGGGAAUGAAUAUGGCCAGUGUGGUGAAGAACCUGAGAGAAAAGAUGACACUGGGAGGCCUUUGAGAAGGGAUAUAGUCAUUCCCCAACGCUGUGCAUCAAAACUUGUAGUUCGACAGGUAGCUGCUGGUGGUACACAUUCUGUGGUUCUCACACGUGAGGGGCAUGUAUGGACCUGGGGUCAGCCAUGGCCUCCUGGAGACAUAAAGCAGAUAUCUGUCCCUGUGCGGGUACAAGGCCUUGAAAGAGUGAGGCUCAUUGCUGUUGGGGCAUUUCAUAAUUUAGCUCUUCAAGAAGAUGGAACUUUAUGGGCUUGGGGUAAUAAUGAAUAUGGACAGCUCGGAACUGGUGAUACCCAGCCAAGAUCUCAACCUAUUUCUGUCCACGGACUAUCUGGUCUCAAUUUGGUUGAUAUUGCUGCUGGUGGAUGGCAUUCUACUGCAUUAACUGAUGAUGGGGAGGUGUAUGGUUGGGGAAGAGGUGAACAUGGAAGACUUGGAUUUGGAGAUAAUGACAAGAGCAGUAAAAUGGUUCCCCAAAAGGUUAAUCUUUUAGCAGGGGAGGACAUUGUUCAGGUAUCUUGUGGUGGGACUCAUUCAGUUGCAUUGACACGUGAUGGACGGAUGUUUUCUUUCGGCCGAGGUGACCAUGGACGACUUGGAUACGGGAGGAAGGUGACUACAGGUCAACCAAUGGAAGUGCCAAUAGACAUCCCACCUCCUAAAAAUCUUAGUGAAAAUGGAGAUGAGGGACACUGGAUUGCUAAACUUGUUGCUUGCGGAGGUCGCCAUACUUUGGCAAUCGUGGAAUGGCAGACUGAUGAAUCUUAA